AUGGCAGAUGGGGCACGGGCCAACCCCAAAGGGUUCAGGAAGAAGGCGCUGGGUAGACAUUGCUCUGGAUGUGCAUCCUCUUGCUUCAGGGCCUCCUCUGCUUGGAGAACCUCCAGAUCUAACCUGGGUAUGAAGAAGCUCUUCGCCAUCAUCAUCCUGGCAAGCAGCAUUUUGCCCACUGCCCAGGGCAGCCUGUUCAACCUCAAGACCAUGGUGGAAGCCAUCACGGGGAGAAACGCCAUCCGGGCCUUCGUGGGCUACGGCUGCUACUGUGGGCUGGGGGGGAGAGGCCUGCCCAUGGAUGGGGUGGACUGGUGCUGUCAUGCCCAUGACUGCUGCUACCAGAAGCUCUUCGAUCUGGGCUGCCACCCCUACGUGGACCAUUAUGACUACACUAUUGAGAAUGAUACAAUUGUCUGCAGCGAGCUCAACAAGACAGAGUGUGACAAGCAGACGUGUGAGUGUGACAAGAAUGUCGUUCUGUGCUUUCCAAACCAGAAAUACAACGAGGAGCAUCGCAGCUACCUCAACAUCUACUGCCAGGGCCCCACCCCCAACUGCAGUAUCUAUGAGCCACCCUUUGAAGGGGUCGCCUGUGGACAUAUCUUCCCAGCAUCCCCUGCACCUCCCUAG